AUGUCCUCGAUGAGAUUCGUUGUGUGGAUCGUUCAAGCACCCCCUCCUCACCCAUCAGCUUUCCCCACCGACGCCACCUCCCAAGUGAUCACGCUUGUUUUUCGCCUUCAUAAGUUUGGUUUUGAGGCUUUCAAGGCCAAAGUCAAUAAGGGGGUGCUCAAACGCCAUCAAGACCGCCUCCUUGCCGCAUAUAAGAACACUGAUGAGGCCACCGAUUGGGCGUCGUAA